CGAGCGUACAUGAUAUACGACGUUUCGACCCGGUAACCCACAUCAGAACUAUUCGCUUUACAAACAUUUACGCGACUAUCGUUAAUAAGUCGGGAAACAGUGUAAAAUUAAUUUUUGUCUAUACUAGAAAUGUGCGUGAGCCAUAUUGAAAUGGUACCCGCGGUAGUUAGUCUUGUUGCAAAUAAGGGAAGGGAUACUUAUUCUGGAUUGAUCCAGGAAUUUGCAUGCUUCAAGUGCAAACACCUUUCGGCGUCCGAGCCAGAAGUUGAAGAUUCCGAAAUAUGGAAGAGCGCAAGGCAUGGAAAAACCAUCAGAUCUCCUUCGCCACACAAUGCUUUCAAAAGAUGGCGCAAAGCAAAUCAGAAUAAACACCAAGAUAUCAACGGAGCUAAACGCUGCUUAGAUAGUUUUAAAAACGAAGAAGAAAUGUCAUUGUUAAAAUUUUUGGCAAUUAAUGCAUUAGAUCUCAGUCUACCAGCCAGUCCAGUUUUACUUAAAACGCGCAGCAGCAAUUGGUUCCAGCUCAGCGGCCAUCCGGACAGUUUGGCACCGGCAGGUCCGGGAACCGUUUGGAAGAAAAGAUCUUCAAAUUCCGAUGAUACUGAGAGAAUGGUUUAUGAAGAUCUGUUACAAGAUCCAGCCCUCAAAGAUAUCAUUCCAAAGUACUACCGAGAAGUUGAAUACCAGGGUGAAUUGUUCAUAGAACUUCAGGAUCUCUUACAAGGAUUUCAGGAUCCUUACGUUGUCGACAUCAAAAUGGGCACUAGAACCUUCCUAGAAUCUGAAGUACGUAAAACUGUAGCCCGACCUGACCUUUAUCAAAAAAUGGUAGCUAUAGACCCAGAAGCACCAACCGAAGAGGAGCAUCGUCAAAAAGCUGUCACCAAGCUUCGUUACAUGCAAUUCAGAGAGCUUCAAUCGUCCACUUGCAGCCAAGGCUUUAGGAUUGAAGCCAUGAAAUGCAGAGGUUCGCCUCCAGUGACUGAUUUGAAAAAAGUUAAAUCUUUCGAAGAAGUUACUAAUACAAUGGACAUGUUCUUAGGAGGUAGAGAGGAUGUGAGACAAAGACUGUUGGCACGCCUAUGCGAUAUUAGGAGUAGAAUUGAGCAAUCAGAAUAUUUUAAAACUCAUGAAGUGAUUGGAAGCAGCUUGUUCAUCAUAUACGAUGACACCAAAGUAGGCGUGUGGUUGAUUGAUUUCGCCAAAACCAAUAAAUUACCAGAUGGAAAGACUGUUAAUCAUAGGACACCUUGGGUGCAAGGAAACUAUGAAGAGGGACUUUUGUAUGGAUUUGAUCGACUUAUAACGAUUAUCGACAGCUUUAAGGAUCCCCUCGGAAAUAAUCAAAAGGACUCGUUUACGAAAACCUUGCCAGCAGUCAGUGUUAAGUCUUGAACUACUGGAACAAUUUUCUAUGGAGUGUAUGCUUCGUAAAACCCUGUACAUGUGAAAAUGUUUGGGGUCUAUGACUUGUUAUUGUUCUCUGCUCGAGGCUUGAUUGUAUAUUUUGAUGUGUUGCCUGAAUGGGCCUUUGUAUUUUAAAAGUAUUAUUUUUGUAUAUAGUUUUUGCAUGUCAUCACGUGUUCAGGUAUGAACAAGCGUGAAACUUUUGUAUAUUAUUCGGUUCUACGAUCUUAAGCUUUUUUCAAGUGACUGUUGUCUCAUUGUUGAUCUGGUUCUUAUUUUUAUUGCUUCCUAUGGAUAGACUCACUAAAUCCUCUAGUCAACGUUCUUAAAAUUUAGUUUAUUAUUAAUUUAUAAUGAUGUUUAGGAAGUAGGUAUUCGCCAGGGCCGAGUUCAGAAAUAACGCACAGGGUGCGAGUGCGAUUUUAUGGGUGUGCCUGAAUUGACAAUUGGCCAUUGGGCCCAUAGCACCGUCUAGCAUUUUUGAACAGCUAGGGCGUCGCACCGGUGUCACACUCACACUGGGUGUGUCAUUCCUGAACUCGCCCCAGUUAAAUCAAAUUUGCUGCUGCUGGAUUCUUUGUAAAUAUUUAUUCGAUUAAUUAGAGUUUUGUACUUGUAAAAUUAAUUACCAAUCAUUAUUAUGUACUUAUUUAAAUAAAAUAAUGUUUAUUGUAUAAUUA